AUGUCAUUAACCAAUUUGAGUUUCCAACUUUGGAUUGAAGUUUUAAAGCGUGUUGCAGAAAUUUCAGAUACACGUGAAAAAGCUGAUCCACUUAAGAAAGCAAAUGUUUUCCUCACUAUUCUGAUUAUUGCUUUAUCAAACAAUAGACAAAAUAACAAUAACUUUCAUUUUCCUAUUAACUAG